AUGUUGUAUAAAGGGUUGCUAAUCCUAGCAUCAUCUUAUUUAUUCUGUUUAUUUUUUCUAAAUUUUGUUUUAAAAUUAUUUACAGGCCUAUCGAUUGGAUUUUUCAAUCCAUUCAAAUUUAAGCUUUGUAAUAUUCGUUUCAAGAAUAAAAUUAAAAUUGAGCUAAUUGAAUUUAGUCCUUUUAGAAAGAGAGUUAGAAUUGCUGGUGUAACGUUAUCAGGCAUACGUAAUAACGAUUCUAAGAAAUCUACAAAGGUAUCUAAAAAAAAUGUCAGUCCUAAGAAAGAGAAGAAACCGUUCAAGUUACCAAGUAUUGUUAAAAAAUAUAUUCCUACUGUUUUAAGAAGCAUAGAUAAUCUUCAUAUAAUUGCCGACAGAAUCAAUUUCAAAGAUGAAGGGUUAAAGAUCGAAACCAUUGGUACGAUUUUAAGUUACGAUACCAAAACAAAAUUUCUAAGUUAUGAAAUAUUUCUAAGGAAAGCUUAUACUAAUGAAACUGUUAUUUUAACUGAUAGUACAUUUAGCACAAAAGGUAAUAUCAUUAUCGAUAAUGUGGGAAACUCCGUACCUGUUGACCAAUUGUCUUUUGACUUCAAACUAGGUGUAUUAACUCUCCCAAUGACAUAUUUGAAGCAACUGAAGAACUCAAAAAAGGGAAGCCAAGUCGUAAAUGAGACUGUAAUGGAGCAAGGAGGAGUCGAAGGAAAAGAAUUAGUAGAAGAAGAAAUCGGAGAAGCUGAUAUCAGAGCUGCUCUUUUAAAAAUCCGUUCUGCUUUAGAUAAGGUAAGAACUACAAUUAGUCCAGUUUUUGAAAUUAAUUUCUACAUGGAUAAACUUUUAAUAAUGGAUUUACCUAUGACAAAGCUUCCUCAAUUAUCAACCGUAAGUGAGAAGUUAACCUAUCAUGUUUGUGCAUCUAACGUGACCUUGAAUUUGAUAAAAUUUCAGAAGUCUUAUCCUGGGUUUAAGCUAUCGUUCAAUGAUGAUGAUACUCCAAUAAAAAUUAAUGCCAAUUUUUCAAGAGCUAAUGCUGCUUUAAGUAUUAGAAGAGAUGGUUCAGAUACCCCACAAGUAUGUAAAUUUCUGGAGAUUCCUAACAUGAAUGUGUUUGGACACAGUAAUAUCCUUUCUCAGAAUUUUAAUUACGAUAGCGAUAACAUUUUAGAAAACGCUCUAAGCUCUUUGAAGUUUCAAAUUUCGUCAAUAUUACUUGAUAUUGAUAUAGAGACUCUAUCUUUCGCAAAAUCUUUUAAACAAAAUGUUAAGGUAUUUGAGGGUGCGUUCUCGGAUGCUGUUAAACUAUCGAAGGGAGGAAGCGAAGGUCCAUCAAAAGGUAAAAGGAUUCUUCAAUCUUAUUUCAGCUCAUUAUUCCCAGUUUUGAACAUGAAAUUCAGUGUCGAAGAUACCAAGGUAGUAAUAAGCGAUGGUGAUGAUUCUGUUAUUUAUUCUUUAUCAGUUCUAUCCGUUGAUUUUAAGUCUGUUAGAACUAUAAAACCAGAUCCAGAAAAUGAAAAAUUGUCAGUAAUUCAUUAUCAAACAGAGACAUGUCUAGAGCUUUCUAACAUGAACUGUAUUCAUGUCAAGUGCGAUGGAAGUGGUUAUAAGCAUACAAUUCUUCACUUGGAUUCAGCAGCAUUAAAACAUGUGUGUGCUGUUACACCAGAAUACCAGAUAACCUUGGAUGGUGAUAUCCAUCAUAUUGAUUUUGAUUUAUCUGAAUUACAAACAAUGGUUGCAUUAAAUAGAAUUCAAAAACGUAUUGAUUACCAAAUUUUAAAUGUUGAAGAGACCUAUUUUAAAGACUUAUAUGAAGAAUUUGCUUCAACUUUGACAAGUACUGAAUUACAGUGUUCCGCACUUGGUGAUAAGAUGGAUGCCAAAAAAGAAUCACCAGAGAAAUAUAUUUUCAGAGAAUUACCUAGUUUUUUUGACUACAUUAAAAUCGAUAUUUCUGAUAUAUCAGUUACUUUGGGUGCAAGAUCUGUUUUUAUGCCACCAAAGAACUUUUCAUCAAUGGAAUCCCAAAGUCCUAAAGAUCUUGUUGAUGGAAAGAUAAGAAAGUUUUCAAAUAGAGUUGAUAAAUUGCAAAUAGCAUUAUUCGGAAAUAGUACUCAAUGGCGCUCUAAAAUAGAAGGCGGAAAAGGUGAGAUGGUAAAAUCAAGUGAUUCCUCAGGCUAUAGAAAUUUUGAAGCAAGUGAUUUGGAUGAUAUAUCAACAACAGAAUCCACUGAAGUUCAGCAUCUAUGGAACUUUAACAUCCUUGUAAAUUCAUUUAAAUCUGUGGUUAUGUACGAGACUUGUCAAAUGUGCAACGAGUUUUCACCUAGAACUGUUUCAAAGCUAGACGUGUUAUCUCUAAAAGUCUUUCCAGACACUGACGGAUUUUCUUCCGAUUCCAAGAACAAACUAAUAAUCCAAAUGGAUGGGCAAAAGAUAAAUUCAGCUACAAGUUUAAUGAAUGUAUUUAUGACAAUUUCAGGAAUUCAUACAAUAAAACAGAUAUUCGGUAAGGAUGACUAUUCUUACAAAGAGGAAUCAUCAGCUAAGAAAUUUUUCGUCUACUUAAAUAAGUUAAAGAAAAAGAGUUUUUUCCAAACUGUGGAUUGGAAACUGUUGAAACCAUUGAUAGUAGUAAAUAUAUCAUUCGAAAGUAUCAAGCAAGUAGUGAUAUUACCAACAGAAGUGAAAAUGCGGAUUGAAUGUUUCAACACUUUUAUUAGUGUCACUGAACUAAAUCAAAUAAGCUUUACAGGUGAUCAUAUUAGAGUAUGUGUUGAGUCACCUACCGUAGAAAGCAGUUGGACUAGAUUAAUACUAAUUAACAAGUACGCAAUUAAUGCUAACAUAGCGAUGAUAAAAGAUCAAGUUAACAAAGGAUUUGAUAGUUUCGAUGAACUUGAAUCUGCUGUCACAUUAUCGAAUGAAUCAUGGCAUUUUAACAUUCCAGAUAAGUUCCAAAUGUUUAAAAUUUUUGAUAGUAUUACCACAAUUGUGAAAGCCAUUAAGCAGAUGAAGUAUUCGUUAAAAACAUCCGAUAAUACGCUUGUGAUAUUCGCAAAGAAGGUAAACCCAGCAAAAGUUCCUAAAGUGAAAGUUAAAUCGAACAGAUGUGUUUUUACUCUUGAAGAUGAUCCUCUGGAAUCCGAGUUGAAUAUGAUUUUCCAAAUUGGUUUAGAGGAACAAAGGUCUAGAUUGGCAAAACUUGAAGAAUUUGAGCGUCGCGUAGCUCCGAAGGUUAAACCUGUAAAGAGGAAAGCUUCAAGUAUGUCCCAUCAUUCAAACAACAAUGUUCCUCCAUCACCUGAUUCCAAUAGUUCAAACCACACUGAUUAUUCAGUAACUGAUAUGGCUACCAAAUUAUUAGUAUUCAACGCAAAAUUGGGUUGUUCUCUUUCUAAGAAAAUAGUUAAGGGUAUUUCAGGAGUUUCACCUUCAUCAAAGGUCAGCGGUAAUGAACUUGAUAUGUUAAUCGAAUCCGAAUUUAUACCUGAAGAACAAUUCAAGGCUUUCCAAAGAUUGCAGGAAAACAUCUCAACUUCUUGGAUUAAGAGAGUUCAACAAUAUAAGAAAAAGGAGAAAGAGGAGUUCAAAAAUAACUUUUCCUACUUAUGGGGUAAUAUUAAUUACCUCAACCUUCCAGAGGAUAUCAAUCAGAAGGUAGUAGAUUUUAUUCAAAGUCCAUCUUUGUCUACAAUGAUUUUUGAAGGAAUUGAUAUUGACAUUUUUAAACCAGCUUGUGGUUUAGAUGGUAUACCCAGUUUUAUAAAUAGAAUUGGUAAUGGUGUUCCUAUGGAUACCGAAUAUUCUAUUAUGUUCCCUAUGUAUGUUGAUGCUAAAUUCAGUGAAGUUAGAUGGCAUCUAAGAGAUUAUCCUCUACCAUUUGUUUUUAUACCCCCAACUACUGCAAAUCAAAAAGACCCCCAUUCUUUGAGAAUAUACGGUAAUUUCCUUGUUACCGAAGAUAUGAUGAAGUCAGAACGUGAAGUAAGAACCAUUUAUGUACCUUUGGUUCCUUCUGUAAUUAUGGAAAAUAUGGAUACCUAUUAUUCUUUAACUGUACCUAGAACGGUAACAAGUGUUAAAAUGUACACUGAUUUGCAACUGGAUAUAAAAUCUAAUGAGACUACUAAGGUUACAUGGGGUGCGUCUUAUUCUCCAGCAAUUCAACAGACUAUGCAAUGUUUGGAAAAUUUCUCUAAACCACCAACUGAUAGAUCACCAAAGCCUGGUUUCUGGGAUAAAUUAAGUUAUAUAUUCCAUGCCAAAAUUAACAUCAAUUGGGUUAAUAGUGGUAAAUUUGAAAUUUCGUUGUUAGGUGCUAAAAAUCCUUAUUUGAUCGGUGGAAAAUAUGCAGGUUUUGUGGUUGGCUUCAAAGGUGAUAUCAACCUUACUUGUAAUGAAAAGAAUGAUCCUAGCAAAUUUCUUUCUUGUACUGCGGAUAAGGUUCAUUUCAGUAUACCAAAUUAUUUUGCAAAACCAUUAUUAGUUUGGUCAAGGCCUACUUCUGAAGCUAUAUUUGUUCCAAAUCAAGACAAUACAAACUUACAGAAACUUGCAUCAUAUUAUUACUUAAUCAAUCUGGAUUCUACUAAGAGUAAUAGUGCAAAUGUACAAGAAAUGUAUAGUUCUUAUAUUGAGAAGACUGGUAUUAAAUUGUCUGGUGGGAUGACAUUAUGUUUAGGUUUCGUAUUUGAAAGACUGGCGGAUGGUUUAAAUAGAUCACUUGAAUUUAAGCCUCAUUGGUUAACAAGAACGUGUAAUCCUAUUUAUGUGGAUGAUUUUGCAACACAUGAUUCGUAUGCCGGUUUCAGAAGUAACUUUAUUCAUAUGUCGCUAACAUUACUGUCCAAUUCAGACACUGCAUACAAUGCCUUACAAUUGAAUCCAUCUGCUUUGCAAACAUUCUUUAGUUGGUGGCGUACUUUUUCAGGAAACCUACCAGUCAGAAGAGGUAAAUUAUACACAGCCCAAAAUUUAAGUCCUAAAUUCGGAGACUGUUUACGUACCAUAUCUUAUCGUGCAGAUGUUCAACCGUUGUACGUUACAUAUAUGCAGCGUAAUAUUAAUCCUACUGAGGUUCAAAAACACAGCUAUUAUGAUAAUAUCGAGUUUGCAGGUAUAAAGGCCAAGGUUUCUCAUUUCAUUAUGGAUUUACAUCAAAGAAAGGAGGUUAUAUAUGAAUUUAAAGAAACGUUGAAUAUAGGGAAGAAGGUAUUAAGAAUGAAAUUUUUAGAGGCUGACAUCCAUACUGAUGAGAUAGAUAUCAGAACGGUUCAUGGUGAAUUUAAAAAGGCUGCAUUUGUUGAAGAUAUGGAGAAUGCAGUAUAUAAUAUAUUUGAUAAUGAUAAGUCAUGGAUUGAUUUAUCCGACUUCAAAGAAGCCUUUUCAAUUAGUUGUGACGCAUAUGUCCCAACAGUUGAUAUCCAAGCCUUAUUAUUUUCCGAACAAUUUGUUUACAAAAAGAGAGCCAAAUAUGGUGAUAAAUAUCAAAUUGAUGCUAAGACUUCUCAACCUAUCACACCUUUCCAAAAUUGUGUUUCGCACAAUUGUAGUCUGGGCCAGAGACUAAAAAUUCCUAGAACUUCUAUUAAUAAGCGUCUACACUCCUUGAAAACAUCAGAAAAUAUAUUAAAAGAAAAGAUUGAUCAUUCUGAUAACACUAAGAUCAUAAAGCAUGAUACUCUAUUGCUAAAAACCACAAAGAAUGCAGUUAAAAAGGUGGAGGAAUUAGUCCAAGAUUUGGAUACCCUAUUCUACAGUCAAGAUGAUCCAACGAAAGGAAAUUAUCAUUUCAACAUUGUUGAUCAAACUGCCGCCCAACAUAUGCAAAGUUUUGAGAAUCAAUAUUGGGCUGUAAAUAUGUUGCUAAAGUGGAAUGAGAGCAAUAGAGAUACAUUAUUGAAGUUUGCAAUGUUCAUGAGCAUUAAUAACCACUUUUCUAAUCUUCCUUUACAUAAAUCGUUGAGAGUAUUUGAUGAUAUAGUCAGACAGAAGUUAUCUCUAGAAAAAACUCAUUCUAAAGGACGUACAGGUAAUGGUAUUAAUGACAAUCCUCAGAAUAUUAAUUUAAACGUUACAGAAGAUGAAUCGCUAGAAGAUUUGUUUGAAAAAGGUUUGAAGGAAUUAUUUGUCGGAAUACAAUAUAAUGUUAAUGAGGAUCACUUCGUUCAAUUUAUGUCACCUCAAAUUCAACUGAUGACAGAACAAGAUCCAGAUUCAUGUGUUAUUAUUACUGCACCAUCUACAAGAUUAAGAGUAUUGUCAUUUGAUGGCACCGAAAGUUCUAAUACUAUUAAUAAUGAUAAGUUCCUAAAGAGAUUUGGUAUAUUUGUUCCGGAUGCUAAUUUGUUUGUAUUCCAUAAAGACGAUUACAAAGAUUAUUUCGAACUGUUCUUUGAUGUAAAUUCAUAUGGCCAAACAAAAUCUGGUAUAUGGCCUCCAUGGUUGGGUCUAGAAUUAUGCUUAGACCCUACUCCGUUGGCAGCAGAAGCCUUAGUGAAGAAUUUAUCAACCGUGUUCUAUUAUGAUAAUGUUUAUCAAUUCUCUAGUUCAUAUGAAGCUAUUAAGGAUGAUUUACAGAGUAGGAUGAUGUGUUACUUACCUGAUAUAAUUGUUUCAUCAACUUCCAGAAAUUAUCUUUCAUUAUACAAGGUAGCCACAAAUCUAUUGAUGCACAUCGAAUUAUCAAAUGUAGAUUUGAAGAACAGGGCAGAGAAGUUUGCAAUCAGUUACGAUUUUGAUGAUUUAACUAGAUUAUACCAAUCUGCUGAAAAAUUAUCCAGUCAAGUGCGUAUAUUAAAUAUUGUUGAAAAUGAAUUGUUGUUCAGAGAAAAAUUAUUAGAUGAUGCAGGUCAAGUUGAUUUAUUCAACGUCCACAACGAAAAGAUCAAUACGUUAUCUAAGCUGUACGUUUUAAUGAGUGUAUUGUGUUCCAAGCGUAAAGAGAAGGAGGGUGCGUCAAAGAUGAUGGUUUGGAAUAUCAAGAUCAAUAAAGUUAUCCUACAUAUGUUGAACAACGAUAUGUCACCAUUUUUGGAUGUUAUAUCUACUGAUAUCAAAUUUAAGAGAAUUGCAUCUACUUCUGGGUUUAACAGAAAUUCUGUUACAAUUAAAUCGUCUGAGAUCAUACAUUUGGAGAAGAAUGCAGUAUACGAAAACUUAUUAUCACCUUAUGUUUCUAAGAAGGAUCUAAGAAACAGUAGACAUGAUUCGGACCAACCUUUCUUAGCCAUCGAAUGGGUUAUGGAUAAACCCGUUGGUGGUAUUAAGGUUUUGAAAGACGUUGAGACACAUGUUAGUGGAGUUCAAUUAAGCAUUGAAGAGACUACAUUAAUGAAGUUAAUCCAUUGGUUAUUACCAAAUGAGAUUGCGUCUAUGUUGAAGAGUGACGAUAAGGGUGGUGAAAAUGAUAGUCUGCUAGAUAUGGAAUCAUUAGAUAGUGAAAUACGUGUUACUGGAUCUGAAGCCGAAUUAAACGAAAUGCUUCAAAGAUCAACAGAUUUUGUUAUCAUGGAGAACGUUACCUUGAACGGAUUCAAGUUAUGUAUCAGUUUCAAGGGUAAGGGUGCCAAGAGGUUAAUUAACGUGUCUGAUUUCUUAUUCAACUUCCCAACGUUGCGUUUCGAUAACCAAACAAUGAGAGUAAUUGAUUUACUGCUCGUUUUGAAGAAGAUCUUAGUCAAGGCAUUAUUACGCCAAAGUGGUAGAUUCUUGGUUUCUAAAUUGAAAACCAGGAAUCCAGCUUCUGACCACAGGAAGACUAUGAUGAUUGAAGCUACCAGUCCAGCGGCAAAGUUAGAAGGCGAGGCUGCCAAGAGACAAGUUAUAAGUGCAAGAGAAGAAUUAAUUCAAGCUAGAUUCACAGAGGAAAAUUUACUUCCAUCUCACUGA